GGAGUGGCCCUGCGGCCGAGCAGCGGUCACGCGGGCCCGUUCCGCGGGGGGUCCGACCGCGGGGUCCCUCGGCCGGCGAGAAACCCUUGCCGCCCGGAGGCUGCGGCGACAAGUUCAAGGCGAGCGCUGCUCCAGUGCCUCCGUCGGCGCGUGCGGUGCAUCGACCCCGGCGCUGCGCACAGCGAGGAGAGAAAACGGCCGGGACCAGUUGGGGGGUCGGCCGGUUUCUUCUGCCGCUCGGGAUCACGGCCACGGGGUGGCCGGUCACGGGGACUCCCCCGCCUUCUUCCGCAUCGGCGAGGGAACCAAGGACGCCUAUAAAGGGGCGCCCGAACCGCACAGCGCCGCGCACAACAACGGCUCUACCUCUCUUCUUCCGGCCACGGUGAUUCCAAAAAUACGUGCUAUAAUGCGGACUUUAACAGUAAUAAUAGCAGCGAUCAUCAUCCAAGUUGCAUCCGCGUACUCCUGCACUUGGAGAGGCGUCGAGUGUAUUGACUAUGAAGUGGUCUCAAAUGAAGCUGAAUACGAAGAACGCCAGUACCCGGAAACCAUGUGGAUCAGCGUGACAACACAAGCGAGGACACUUUUUGAAGCGAAGAGGAGGAGCUUUCGCAAACUCAUUUAUUACAUCCAGGGCUUCAAUGAUCAGAACGUGACGGUGGACCUGACCACACCUCACCGGACCUUGGUGACCCGUGGAGCGAGUGGCCGGCGCUUGGCCAACUACACCAUGGCGUUUCCGUUACCGGCCAACCUCUACAUGAACCCGCCGCAGGCCAACGACAAGGACAUCUGCAUCACUGUCGAGCCGCCACGCCGAUACGCCGUGAAGGUAUUCGGCGGGCAGCCCAACGAGCAGCAAUGGUUGAGGAAGGCGGAAGAGUUCAUCCAGGCGAUGCGCAAGGAUCGCCGUGUAAACUUGGACCAAUUCUACGUGGCCCGGUACGACCUCAUAUUCUGGGUGCUGGAGCGCCGCAACGAGAUAUGGUUAAGCAUGAAAUGAGAAGCACUGGUUGCCGCUGCCGCCACCACGAUCUCCGCACCGCGACGCAGCCACCAGUGCUGCGCGUGAGCCCCACCACCUGGUUCCUGUCGAUUCCCCACCCCGGAGGCGCCGGAUCGGGGAGCGCACCUUGUGCUCCCCAGGCGCUGAGCGUCGGGGCGUGGCUAUUUAUUCGUUCCUUCACUCACUGGACCUCUUUCAGCAAGGGAGUGGCUGAUACAGAUGACAGUGAGUCUAUCUCUGACGAUGUCUAUCUUUACGAACGCAAACGCAGGCAACGAAAUAAUACCUGCGCUUUCAAGAUUCACCGCAUUAUAGCACUCGUGAGACAAGUACGGCUUAUUAACCACUGAACUGUUAUCUAAAUUCGUGGUUUCGCAAUGGCUUCUGUCCACAAGCAGAUUGGAAAACGAUUGACUUAGACGCUUGGUUACCGCCGAGUAUAUAGGGCACUUUACUCGACGGCACUCAACAAUGAACAGAGCGCAAAUGAGACCUGCAACAGUAGCACGUGCAAGCCGCCUAUACCCCGCGUCGGCAAGCACCUGCGCUGUCCGCUCGUUUUGAGCAUUCUCUGCCGCCAGCUACAGAAUGCUGACAUUAGUGCGAAUUCCAAGAGCGUUGCCCAUUAUGUUCGUUCGUAGGUUACCGCUAACGAAACCGUGGCCCGCAGCGUGGAUGUGAUUCACAGUGCGAAAACCGGAAGAACGACGAAGAGAGGCAGACGCAGGGCCUUGCGUCUUGAGCAGGAAAACUAAAAAAGAAAAAAAAAACGGCCCGGUAGACAGGGCGCGAGCAAGGGACAGACAGCGGCGAUCUCUUCUUGGCAAUUGUGCUGUUUUUCCUGUUCAAGCCAGUCACCAACCAAUCGCCAAUCAAUCAGCCCAUGCGUGUUCUGCCUUUUGUCUCCUCCUACCAACUUUCGCGUGGUUUUUGCGCUGUGAAUCAUGUCUAUGCGAUCUACGACCUGGCCCCUUUCGCAUACCAUGUUGCUUAUCGAGAUCGGCUAGUAGACGGUGCAGCGGAAAAGCUAGACGGCUAAUUUAUUUUUCACGACUACAGGACGAAUUGCCAGUUCUUUUUUUCUCGCUGUCGGUACCAACCGUAACAUCUAAUUAAGAAUUUCUUCACAAGAACACUAUCGCGUUUAUUGAAGUACAUGUCCAGGAGCACGCGCAGAUGCGCGAGUGUUAAUAUACUUGAUUGAUUUUUGUUAAAGAAAUGCGGUUACUUGACUUUUUUUGUAGGCUCUUCAAUCAAUCACGCCACACGAACCCCUAGCUUUGCAUUCGCGGCAGUACUUAACUCAUGGCAUCUUCCCUCACCCUAACAUAAACAUCGAUGUAAAGAGGUGACCGGCUCUAGGAAGUCGUUGCUAAGGGUCAGCAAACUCGUGGCUGACAGAAACGAAAAAAUGCGGAGAAAAAAUAGGCAUCCAUGUUUCAAUACCUAGUUCGGGGUCUUGUGGCUCCAUUACGGCCACGCGGAGACAUAUAUACACCACUAUGUGCAAUACUCUCCGCGCUGGUCACGAAGUUUGCUUUUUACAGUGUACCUUUGCGAAUAAAAAAAAAUAUAAACAAA